GUCCCGCCGAGGCGGCGACUCCUGUAGGUAGAAGGAGUUAUUGGACACACUGGCCCACCGUCGCUAUACAUUGCAGCCUUAUAUCAGUUCAAAAUGAACUAUAUGCCCGGCACCGCCAGCCUCAUCGAGGACAUUGACAAAAAGCACUUGGUCCUGCUUCGAGAUGGAAGGACACUUAUAGGCUUUUUAAGAAGCAUUGAUCAAUUUGCUAACUUAGUGCUACAUCAGACUGUGGAGCGUAUUCAUGUGGGCAAAAAAUACGGUGAUAUUCCUCGAGGGAUUUUUGUGGUCAGAGGAGAAAAUGUGGUCCUACUAGGAGAAAUAGACUUAGAAAAGGAGAGUGACACACCCCUCCAGCAAGUGUCCAUUGAAGAAAUCCUAGAAGAACAAAGGGUGGAGCAGCAGACCAGGCUAGAGGCCGAGAAGCUGAAAGUUCAGGCUCUGAAGGACCGAGGCCUCUCCAUCCCUCGAGCAGACACUCUUGAUGAGUAUUAAGCCUUUGGCUCAGAGGCCAUUGCUCUUGGGGAGCAGGGGCUGUCACUGAGUGAAGGUGACAUCCUGGCCGCUUCACACAUGGUACAGCCUACAAAGACUACUGUAGAGAUUGGGAAAGUCAUUUUUAUUUUGAAUUCUUCCACGUAUACAACAUGAAGAAAUUACGUGGGUUCUUUUUUUUUUUUUUAAAUAAGAAAAUCAUCAUUUAAAGAAACAGUGGCAGGGACGGCUUUCACACAGCACUGUGGAGCCAGCAGCUACUUCUUUAUAUUGCCCUUCUCACCCCAAAUUAGAGGUUAUAGGAGACUUUCUUCAUUUACUUGUAAAUAAAAUACAAAUCUCAAAAUGA